AUGAAAGCACUCUUGUUCAUUGUUCUUUUGGCCUUUGCUGUUGCUUAAGAUGAUCCAGUUGAAUUAUGUGUCAGAGAAAAAUGCCCAGAUGAAGUUGCUGCCUGUGAAAAGAAUGCCUUCUGUGCUAUUGCUGCAACAAAUUGCUCAAACAAAUGCGUAGCUGAUUAUGACUGUUUGAUCGAAUGUUCUAACAAAUCAGGAAAUAAAUUACUUAUUGCAUUGUAUUGUUUUAUAAUUAUCCAACUUUAGGAGCAAAUGCGGUCAAGCCAAUUGUUAUCCAUCAUUCUAAUUCUCAACUGGUUGUGAUGUUGCUACUUGUGCUGCCAUCUUGAGAGAAGAAUGCCUUGAUUCCAAUUCACUAUCCAGCUUCUCAUGUGCCUUUGGCUUCUUCGAGAGACAUCCAGAAUGCGAAUGUGUCUAAGAAUUAGUCUGAAUAGCAAUAUUAUUCCAUUUAUAAAUAUAAUAUAUUUGCCCAUCUCAUA